UCAAUCUCUGCCUCUUAAAUCCAUAUAUCCUUCAAACAAACAAACACAAUAAGAGGGAAAUCAAACAUCCGUAGGCGAAAAACUUGUCGUAAUUAGCAGCAAGAAAAUGGCCACUACCAUGAUGACUUCGAUCCCUCAGUUUACUGGUCUCAGGCCCACUGUUUCGGUGGCUCCGGUUCGCAGCCUGGUGGCAGUGCAACCGCUGAGGCGGAGGGGCGGCGGCGCUCUCAGUGCUCGUUGUGGUGAUUACAUUGGCUCACCCACCAACCUGAUAAUGGUUAUAUCGACAAGCCUGAUGCUGUUCGCUGGACGGUUCGGAUUGGCUCCAUCCGCAAACAGGAAAUCAACGGCGGGGCUGAAGCUGGAGGCGAGGGACUCUGGGUUACAGACGGGUGACCCAGCAGGUUUCACCCUCGCUGAUACUUUGGCAUGUGGCAGUGUGGGCCACAUCAUCGGCGUCGGUGUUGUUCUUGGCCUUAAGAGCAUUGGUUCCCUGUAAAAAUUAUCCUCUUCUUUUUUUUUUUGCUUUUUAAAUCAAAAUGACUCGAGAAAACACCUAGACCUGUACGAUUCUGCUGUUCAAUCUAAAGCUGUCUUUGCCAUUUUGAUUUUAUAUAUAACUCAGCUUCAAAUUC